UUGGAGGGAUUGCCUAUCGGGAUAGGACUUUUCGCUGAGCUGGAGUCAUCUAUAACCAUCACCGCGCAAAAUAUGGCAGACCGAGUUCGGUACAUUCUGCACUCCAACAUAUUUGGUGACGCCGAACUCGAACGACUACGAUGUGAGGUUGUUCCCUCAUCAGAUGAAAAUGCUACGGAUGGGAAUGCGGCGCCACUAACUGUACAGCAAUCUGCAUACGUGAAUGCCGUCGUGGAUAUUCUAGUUGUGGUUGAUUCAGACGAUGGUGGAAUAGUCUCCCACGAACUAGAGAAAAUGAGGAGCAUAUUGAAAGAGGCGAUGUCGGAAACGCGAAGCACGCUUCUCGAAAAACUACCGCGACUUCCCCGCAUACCCCUAAGCAAACGGAAUUGGACUGUCGUGCGGGUUCUUUACCCUAUGCUGGUGACCUAUUUGGAAGCCAGCCGGGACCUUUGCGAGACAGACUUAAUUCUUUUUGGCGCCGCACUAGCAGUCUGCCGUAAUAUAGGUGCCAAAUUUUCCACGGCUGGUCGUGUUACUGGACAAAGUAGCGCUAUGCCAGCCUGA